UUCCUUCCCUUGUGUUUCAGGCGGCAGCAGCAGGCCUGAGCUAUGUCGGGGCGUACGUCAUCAACACCUACAAGAGCUACGACAACUUUCUGCAGGACAAGUACGCCGUGCUGCCCGCCGUGAUCAUCAUCUGUGUGGCUGUGGUGAUGUUCGUCAUCGGGCUCAUCGGCUGCUGUGCCACGUUCCGGGAGUCUCGAGUUGGUCUGGGGCUGUUCUUGGCCAUUAUCCUGCUUAUCUUUAUCGCAGAGGUAUCCGCUUUUGUCCUGGGAUUUGUUUACAGGGAAAAGGUAAAAACUGACGUUCAAGGCACAAUGCGCUCGGUCUUUGAGCAGUACGAUGGCAAAAACCCAGAGUCUACAGUUGUGGAUUACUUGCAGGAACAGCUUCACUGCUGUGGGGUGAAGAACUACAGUGACUGGACGACCACACAGUGGUUUAAUUCCACUGGCAACAACAGCGUCCCUCUGAGCUGCUGCCAGCAGGGUGUGAAGAACUGCACUGGGCAUCUGGAUCGGCCACAGGAGCUCAACACCCGGGGCUGUGCAGAGGAGCUGGAGUCUGGGCUGCAGAGUGUUAUCAGCUAUGCCAUGCUCGUGAUCCUGGGGUUUGCCAUUGUAAAGUUCUUUGGCAUGCUGAGUGUCUGUGUGCUGACUUGCAAGAAAGAAGAAAGUGGAUACCAGCCUCUUUACUCGGGGGUGUUUGCUUAAUAAACGGCAAAGAUCGGUUUUUCUUUUGCUUCCUGAUGAUAAAAUAGACUCGAGACCAUACCACAGCUUUCUGUGAGGUUAUGGCAGGUUUGGAU